AUGUUCUCUCUACCUAGGAGCAUAGCUCAACCGACUGGUACACCAGCUAAACGGCCCAAUUUCGUCUUUAUCAUUACGGAUGAUCAAGAUCUUCACCUCAAUUCGAUCGACUAUAUGCCAAAGCUAAAUCAAUAUAUCGGAGCCGAGGGGACUUUCUUCAAAAAGCAUUUCUGCACAAUUGCUAUCUGCUGCCCAUCACGUGUUAGCCUGCUCACUGGGAGAAUGGCUCAUAACACCAACGUUACUGACGUCAAUCCACCCUAUGGCGGGUACUCUAAAUUCAUCUCUCAAGAUCUAAACGACAAGUAUCUCCCCGUAUGGCUACAGGAGGGGGGUUAUAAUACAUUCUAUACUGGAAAGCUCUUUAACGGCCACAAUAUCACCAACUACAACAGUCCAUAUCCUGGUGGUUGGACCGGACAUGAUUUCUUGCUUGAGCCUGGCACCUACCGCUACUGGAAUGCUACAUUGGGACACGAUGAGGAUCCCCCUAUGUCCUAUCCUGGAGAAUACAACACAGACCUCGUCACAGAGAGGGCUUUGACGCUUUUGGACCGGGCUAGCCAAGACGACAGACCGUUCUUCUUGGGGAUCGCUCCUAUCGCGCCUCACUUUGCCCUUUCUAACGGAACACUCGACCCGCCUGAACCUGCCUCGAGGCAUUCUCAUUUGUUCCCCGAUGCUCAGGUUCCCCGCACCAAUAAUUUCAAUCCCUCGGAGAAAAGUGGGGUUAGCUGGGUAUCAACAUUACCACAGCAGAAUGGCUCACAGGUCCAAUACAACGACGAAUUUUAUCGGCUGCGACUUCAAGCUCUGCAGGCUGUGGACGAAAUGAUCGAGAGUGUGGUGAACAAGUUGGAUUCAUACGGCAUCUUGGACAACACGUAUAUCAUCUACACAUCAGACAACGGUUUUCAUAUCGGACAACAUCGACUGCCACCUGGGAAGACAUGUGCUUUCGAAGAGGACAUCAACGUCCCUUUCUAUAUCAGAGGUCCAGGCAUCGCUAAAGGCGAAGUCACCGAUAGUGUCACAUCACAUACUGACAUUGCUCCAACUUUAUUCCAAUUGGCCGGAAUCAGGCUGCGGGACGAAUUCGAUGGGAGUCCGAUGCCCAUUCAAAUCUCGGAAGCCGAGACGCAGCCACACGCUAGCGAACACGUUGCUGUAGAGUAUUGGGGACUGGGAGUCGGCGAGGGUAAAUAUGCUGCUGCUGCUGUCAAUGGACUCGCCCAGCCAAAUAACACGUACAAAGCAAUCCGAGUUAUUGGCACCGAUUAUAACAUCUUCUACUCUGUAUGGUGUACCAAUGAACACGAACUUUACAAUAUGACGGUUGAUCCCGGACAAAUGGUGAAUCUUGCAACGGACGCUUCCAAUUCGGCCGGCAUGAUCAUUGGUCGUGAAGUUGAAGACGUACAAGAGCGUCUCGACGCUCUCCUUUUUGUCCUCAAGACUUGUAAGGCAGACCAGUGCCGCUUCCCAUGGGAACAGCUUCAUCCGAGCUGGCAUGGAUCCAGUCGCAUGACGUUGCGCAAUGCACUCGAUCCACAGUACGACGAAUUCUAUAGUGCACUUCCUAAGGUCGAGUUCACUGAAUGUAUGAUGGGGCAGAUCCUAGAGGCAGAGGGCCCGCAAUGGGUCGGAGAAAUGGGUCACUACUGGCCAGCCUGGACAUAG